AGUUUGGAGUCUAACUUGUUCCAUCCAGAUCCAGCAGCAAACUCCCUCAGAGCUCAGGGCGGAUCUGAACUCGCUACAAGCCAUGAAGACCGUGAAGAUGCUGGCUCUGCCCCUGCUCAUCACCGUUUUGCACAGUCCCAUCUGUCUAUCGGUGACUGUUAGCAGCAGUAAACCCAAAGUGGAAGUUCACGAACACACAGAUGCUGUGCUGGCUUGUGAAUUCCGGACAGAAAAAGAUCAAAACCCUCGAAUUGAGUGGAAGAAGAAAGGAAAGGGGGUGACUUUUGUUUAUUUUAAUAACAAAUUCGCUGGAUCUUUUGCAGGACGGGCUAAGAUGGAGGGAGCAACGCUGACGAUACACUCUGUCACUCAGAAAGACUCAGGAGAAUAUCGCUGUGAGGUGACUGCCACAGAGGACCACGUCAACCUUGGGGAGGCUACUGUAACCCUCAAUGUGCUCGUACCUCCUCAUAUCCCGUCCUGUGAGGUGCCAAGCUCUGUGUCUGUUGGCUCAGGCCUGGAGCUUCAGUGUAAGGAUAAGCUCAGUGUUCCUCCUGCUACCUACCGCUGGUACAAAGAUAACAAGGCUCUGACGGCCACAGCAGAGAGUCCUUACAGCAUCGACUCAAACAAGGGCACGCUAAAGUUUAAAAGUGUGUCCAAAGCAGAUUCAGGGAUGUACCGCUGUGAAUCCUCUAACAGCGUGGGAGCACCAAAAAGUUGUGUGGCACAACAGCUCAAAGUUAUUGAAUAUCCUUUGAAUAUGACAGUUUUAAUAGCAGGUGCUUCAGGAUUGGUGGCGCUCAUCCUGUUCUGUUGCAUCUGUGUUUGUAUCUGCCGCCGCCGGGGCUGCUGCAAGAAAAACAAGAAGACAAAAAGCACCAAGUCCUACAACCCUCCACCUCCUCCACCUCCUCCAACCCGCAACCUAAGGCACUACAAACAAACUCAGUCCUUCAUGAUCUGAGGAGGAAACACUGAUUUUAUCAAAAAUCUGAAGUGUACAGUUACUGCUUGAUUUUGGACGGCUGCCCACUGCUUUCUGCGAAGGACACGCUGAUGGAAAGACCUUUAGACCUCAGGAAAAAGCAAAGAGUCGCAAAGAUUUCGCAAAGACCUUGUUGACAUCCAAAUGCACUACUUUAUACCUUUUUUCAAAUUGUGUAAGAUAUUCUUCUUAAGCUCUUUUGUGCUGUUUGUAUGAAAACAAUUUUAAUCUUGCUUGAAGAUUUUCUAAGAGCUGUCAGGUUCAGAUCCUCAGCUCUCUGAUCCCACCUAUAGGUCAAAGUCUAGAACUGCACACUGAUAUUAAUACUACACACUGUAUAUUUUAACAGGUUGUUCUUAACUUCAUAGUGGCAUUUGAUAAUAUUUACGAUUAUAUAUAUAUAUUGUUUUAUAUGUUUUAUAUUAGUUUUCUCCAUUCAGCUUUUUUUUUUUAAUUUUUACAUAUUUUUGUAUUUGUGUUAUUAAUGUUUGUACUGUAUGUUGAGUUCAAGCUGUUUUUCUUAUGUUUCCCAUUAAUCAUUGGUUGAACAGGUGUCUGCACACACUGAAUGGUCUUUAUAAAUAUUCAAGAUCAUUUUAAGUUUAUUAUAUAAUCAUUAAAAAAACGCUUAAAACUUUUGAGUUUUGGUUUUAUUGAAACAGAAAAAAGGACUUGUGUGUUUUAUGAUGGAUCAGAGGCUUUAACAUCAGCAAGUGUAAGAUUUGUUUGUAUGUAAAUAAACAUGCUCGGAAUGAGCCAAACACUGCUCAUGUGUUAUUAAAAUGUUUGUGUAUUCUAAUCUUGAUCGUUUUAGACUUUAAUCCCUUUCUUACCAUGUUUCUUAUGUUACGGCUUCAUUGCCACAAUUUUUAGGUUUAUACUUUAUAAUUACUUGCCAUUUUAAAAGAAAAUUUCUCUCUUUACUCCAGGCUUUGUGGCCUCCACAGUAUGUUAAAUAUGUUAAAGAGUUAACUCUGUACUUGUAUGAUUUGGAAAAUUAGCACUAUCAUAUGAAUGUUGGAACUAUUUCAUUAAUCCAUUAAUGGUAAAGCUCAUUCUGUGUUUUUUUUUUUUUUUUUUUUGUCUGUGUGUUGACGAAGGUGCAACCAGCAUGCAAUGAAAUGUUAGACUUAU